UAGCGAAGGAAGAGCUGCAGCAGAGACUAAACCUGUCUGAUUCUGGGUUUCUGAGUAAAUUCAGACUUCAGCAGCAGAGAGUCUGGAGACACUGAGAACCGCCAUGUCUGCUGGCAGCAACCUGAGAUCUGCAGAUCAGUUCCUGUGCUCCAUCUGUCUGGACGUGUUCACUGAUCCAGUCAGCACACCGUGUGGACACAACUUCUGUAAAACCUGCAUCACUCAUUUCUGGGAUGAUAAUGUUCUUUACAAGUGUCCCAUAUGUCAGGAGACCUUCUACACCAGACCUCAGCUGAAAGUCAACACCUUAUUCAGAGAGAUGGUUUCUGAGUUCAGACGUGAAGCUCAACAGAAUUCCAGCAGCAGCAGCAGCUCAGAACAACAAGCUGCAGAACCAGGAGAAGUUCCCUGUGACAUCUGCACUGGAACCAGACUGAAGGCCCUGAAGUCCUGCUUGGUGUGUCUGGCCUCUUACUGUGAGACUCACCUGGAGCCUCAUCUGACCAUGUCGGGCCUGAAAAGACAUCAGCUGGUGGAGCCUGUGGAGAACCUGGAGGACAGGAUUUGUACGAAGCACGAUAAACCUCUGGAGCUGUUCUGUAAGACCGACCAGACAUGUGUCUGCAUGCUCUGCUCUGUUUUAGACCACAAGACUCAUGAGUUUGUUCCUCUGAGAGAAGAAUAUGAAGGAAAGAAGGCAGAGCUGCAGAAGACAGACGCUGAGAUUCAGAAGAUGAUCCAGAAGAGACGACUGAAGAUUCAGGAGAUCAGAGCGUCUCUGAAGAUCAGUAACGAUGCUGCAGACAGAGAGAAAGCAGAAGGUGUUCAUGUCUUCACUGAUCUGAAGGAGUCUGUUGAGAGACGUCUGAAGGAGUUCAUGAAGGAAAUGGAAGACAAACAGAAAACUGCAGAGAAACAGGCUGAAGACUUCAUCAAAGAUCUGGAACAGGAAAUCUGUGAGCUGAAGAAGAGGAGCUCUGAGGUGGAGCAGCUCUCACGCUCUGAAGAUCACCUCCACCUCCUCCAAAGAUUCUCAUCCCUGGAAGAUGCUCCACCCACCAAGAACUGGACGGAGGUCAGAGUCCAUCCACCUUCAUAUGAGGGGACUGUGGUGAGAGCUGUGGACCAGCUGGAGAAGAACCUCAGAGAAAAGAUGGAGAAGCUGUUUGAAGCUGAGCUGAGGAGGAUCCAGCUCUAUGAAGCUUAUGUGACUCUUGAUCCUGAUACAGCAAGUCCCUGGCUCAUCCUGUCUUAUGAUAGAAAACAAGUCUAUCUUGGUGAUGUGAAGAAGAAUCUUCCAGAUAAUCCAGAGAGAUUCUCUCACUGUCCUUGUGUUUUAGGAAAACAGAGUUUCUCUUCAGGCAGAUUUUACUUUGAGGUUCAGGUUAAAGGAAAGACUGAAUGGACUUUAGGAGUGGCCAGAGAGUCGGUCAACAGGAAGGGACAAAUAACACUCAGUCCUCAGAAUGGUUACUGGACUGUUUGGAUGAGAGAUGGAGAUGUUUUUGAAGCUAAUGUUGGUCCUUCAGUCCGUCUCCAUCUCAGUUCUCCUGAGAAAGUGGGGGUGUUUGUGGAUUAUGAGGAGGGUCUGGUCUCCUUUCAUGAUGUGGAUGCUGCAGCACUUAUCUACUCCUUUACUGGCUGCUUCUUCGGUGAGAAACUCCACCCGUUCUUCAGUCCUGAACCCAAUGAUGGAGGUAAAAACUCUGCUCCUCUCAUCAUCUGUCCUGUCAAUCAAACUGUCUGAUCUGUGAUGUAAUGAAUCUUCAUCAACUCUGAAUGUUCAUGUAAAAUCAUUAAAGAUUCACUCUGAUUGAUGGAAACAAAUGUUCAAGUCCCCUCCAAAUUAAAGUCAUCUCAUUAAAGUGAUCAUUUUGUUUGGCCGUAUCAUUGGUGUAUCUAGCUUCUUUUUAGGGGUGCUACAACACUGAACCCCAGCACCGCGGAAAUUUAAGAGAUUUUUAUUUUUUGUUGUGUUUUGUUGAGUGUAUGAUCGCAUGAUGUGUCUUCAUUUCUCAUUGCAAACAAAUAUUCAAUUAGAAUUAUGUAUGUAAUCAAUAUUUUAUAUAGAUUUUUAUAUUGAUAUUACCAUUUAAUAUUUGUCUCCUUAUACAUGGUGUUAAAAUUCCGACUCUGAACGAAUUGUCUAGGUGUUGCUAUCCGAUUAUUAAAUGUCCGAUAAAGGUCUGAAAUAGGGCCAAAGUAGAUCGGAUUGAGGUGUUUACAUGCAGUUUAAAAGUCCGAACAAUGUCUUAUAUGAUCAGAAAUCCGAUUGAACUGCUGCAUGUAAACGUACUGACGAUCUCCGAAACAACUGCAUGAGUGCAAAUAUGUAGGAUAAUGUUUUGUCAGUUACAUGCACACAAGUUAACCUAAAUAAACUAUUCAUUCAUUCAAUUUUAUUACUUGCAUAUAAAGCCCAAAACGGCUUAGCUCCGCAUUAUUUGAAAGACCUGAUAGUGCCUUAUGUUCCUGGCAGAGCUCUCCGUUCUCGGAGUGCAGGUUUACUCGUAGUUUGGAGUAUCCAAAUGUACAUAGACAACUUUUGUUGUAUUAAACGCUAUAUAAAUAAAAUUGAAUUGAAUUUAAUUCAUUCAUUCAUUCAGAUCAUUCAGAUUCAGAUUCUCACUUGCAGAGGUCAAUUUUCGGUGAGAUUUAGGGGCACUAAAUUGUGGAAUGAUUUUUCCCACUUGGCAAAGAGCUCGUCCUCUCUGAAAUAUUACAAAAGACGUUUGAAGGACCACUUGACUUCUGUUUUGUAACUGUUUUCCCAAUGUAUUGUUGUUUAUGUAUCCAUGUUAUUUUUGUUUUUUUGUUUUUUUUGUGUUUCACUCAUAGUGACAGGUACAGUCUUAUUUGCUCAGGAGUCAAUAUAAUAUAAGUUGUAAAAACAAUAUCCCAUGCACACUCACACACACUUAUUUUUUGUCUUUAUUCUUUGUUAUUUAUAUACUGCAUUAUUAGUUUGCUUGUUUUUUUGUAUGUUAAUCUUGACAUGAAAUUUUAAUAUCUUCG